AUUUCAAUAAUUGGAAGUGAGACAAGUGAGAAUUCCUUUAUAACCUGACCACCCUCAUGUUAACAGUGGUGGUCUCCUGACAGUAGAAUUAUACCUAUAACAUCUGUACUUAUUGAAUUUAUUGCAGUAAGCAUGUGAUAUCUUGACAAUAAGGAAAAAAAAUAAGGGAAUUGGUGGAAGUAAACUUUUAUAAACUGGCUAGUUAUUUCAGGGGUGUGUAUCCUAUCUCUGCAACUAGACUUCAGGAAGAGAUCAAUGAAAACAUCGAUUCAAUGAAUGAAUGAAUUCUGAGAAUUCUUGAGACAUGGGACUGUGUGGCCUAUGGUAGGGCCUCAUAAAGGGGUAGAGCCUGCUUCUCAGCCGUCUGGCAAUGUGAGCAGGGUCACCCCACCUUACAGAGGGAGAAACAGUUCUCAGGCUGAGUGAGCCCCUCACACCAUCCUUCCACCAGCCCCCCAGAGUGGGGAACAGAGGCCAGGAGGGCUCACAGGACUUCCUUGUGGUCACUAAGCUGGAGGUGGCUGAGUCAGGGUCUGGGGCUGUCUCACUCCAGAGCCCACUCCUAACCACCCCCAGGGUAGAGCACAAUUGGACUUCAUGGGCCUUCUCAGCAUAGAGCCCACUGUGGCCCUCAGAAUCUGCUGGCAGCUCUGACCAGACUGAGAUGCUGACACAGACCUCUGGGUAUUAAUAGCCCCAAUCUGGGAUGGGCUCCUCUUCCCCUCCUGGGGUUAGCCCAGGUCAGCGGCCCCACCGAGGGGGAAUGAGAUGAAUGCCUUGGUGGAGAACUGAGUGAGCACACCCAGGUCCUUGCUGUCUGGGGGAUCUUUGUCUGGAAGUCCUUGCGUUCCUCCCCAGGGACUGUGUGGGAGUUGAACCUCCACUCUUUUAGGCUUCUUGGUGGAGGCCUUCUCCACCUCUGAAUCCCAGCUUCCUCAUUUGUCAAAUAGAAGUGGUACCACAUCUUCACAGGAAGGUUGGUUAUAGGGUGUGAAUAGGUUAGAGCACAUAGCUCCUGAUACUGCCACUAUCCAUGCAUUCUGAACAUAUCUCCACGUGCAUCUGCCCAGGAGCCAGGAUCGCUGCUACCCAAGAGGCUAGGACAUCCUCUGUAGCCGUGUGGUCUGAAUGGAAUACUCUGGAAGAGGAAUGCCAGGAAGUCUGGAAGGAACCCUGGACUGGGGGCUCCUGGAGUCUGGCUUCACACCAACGUAUGGCAUAGGGGCCAGACUUUGGUGGUGGGUCCUUCUGAAGGGGGCACCUACAGGGGAGAGAGGACUGUGCCUUUUUUGUUAAACAGGAUGAGUUCUUAACCCAUGGAGUUGGAGGCUAACUAUGUGGCAGGGACCCUGCUCAGCAUUGAACAAACAUCAUCUCCUUGACCUCACAAUAGCUUUUGAAAGGUAGACACUAUUAUUCCCAUGUUACAGGUGGAAAAACCAAGGCGCAGACAGGCCAAGUGACUUGUUCAAGAUCCCAUAGCCAGUUGAUGGCAAAGCCAACAUCAUCCCCCCAUCUGUCAGAUUCUGGAGCCCAAGCUGGUGCCCUGUAACCGGAGAGGGCUCACCCCACCCCAGGAAGCUUACUGCCCUUGGGCAGUCUCUGGAGUGGGCCGGGGGUUUCACAUUUAGAGGGAAAGUCACAGCCUCCUGCCUCAAUCCCAGCUGGGCUGACAGUCCUUGGCUCCCCUGAAUUGUGAGACCAGGGCAUUCACUCAUGACUCUUCUGGUCACCCUCUACUAAUGGCUUUCCCUUGAGUCCAGGCCCAGUCAGCCCUAAAAGAGCUAUGGAGACUUGGAUUUCCUCCAGGCACCCAGGUGGGGACAGAGAAGCCUGACUCAAACCCCAAAUCCUCGAUUAGGCCCUUUGGUCUGCCCUCUUUGGGCUCUCAGCCUCUCUUGCCCUUUUGCACUAUGCACCAGCCACACAGGCCCCCCAGACGCCAUGUGAGGUAGGCUGUCCCCUACCUGGGCCUCCCACCUGUUGUUCCUUCCUGGGGAAGCCCCGCACGAUUCCCUAUUCAAACCCAGGGCCGUGGUUCUGUAAUCCUACCCCACAUCUCUAUACCUGUAAUCAUAUACAUGUUGUUUGUUUAAUCCCCACUGAACCGGGCUUUCCGGGGUCAGGGAUGGACAUUCUCUGCACGUGCCUGGCCCCUCACGUGGUGCUGGCUGUUUGACAACUAUUGGGUUUCCCGGAGUGUCUGCUGGAGUGUCCCUGUCCUUCGCAGAACUCUGAGUAGCGGAGGCAGCCUCCAAGGGGCAGAUCCAUUACCAACCGAUCAAUUAGCCCUCCCUCUAACAGAAAUCAGAUCUUGCAGAUUGCCAUUUGAUUGGACUCUGAUGCAUGCAAGCCAAAUUCAAGACUGAUUAAAAAAUAAAAAUAAAACCUCAGCCUGCCAGCUUAAUGAAAUGCUGUCACAGAGGGGAGGGGCUGGGCCUGGCCCCAGCGGACCCAAGAUGAUGCUGGCAGUGACGUCUUUGACUCAGUCUGGUGCCCAAACAGGCCUCUGACCCGGCUCUGCUGUCCCGUCCACGGGACCAGGUCCAGGUGCCCAGGCCGGGGUGGGGGACAGGCAGGCCUGGCUCACGGGGGUCUGCACUGCUCAGGGGGAGCCUGGAAAAGCAGGGGUUAGUCCGGGGCACACAUCUGGGCCUCUGGCCUGGGGCCCAGCUGAGGCCAGAGCAGCAGGAGGACUACAUUUCCCAGAGUCCCCUGGUCCCCCGGAGUGAGCCAUUGGAAGAUUUAAAUAGCCCAGGCCCGAGGCAGCCAGGCCGCAGCUGUGGACGGGCCUGCCUCCCCAGUGGCUCCAUUGGCGCCGGCCUGCAUCGGUGGGCUCGAUUGGCUGCCCAGCGGGCACUGACGUCCCCUCGAGCCGGGUGGCCGCCAGAGGUAAACAGCCAUGUGCAACCCUCUACUCUAUAUUUAACAGCUGCUGCGGAGAAGGCAGGGAGGCAAGGAGGCAGGGAGUGGUGGCGGCUCUCGGGGCAGCUCCCGUCUUCGGGGACGAGGCCGUGCAGCCGGGCUGGCCCCGGCCCUCGCCGUGUGAGCGUCACCAUGCCAGCCUCCCAGAGCCGCUCCCGGGCCCGGGACCGCAACAAUGUCCUCAACCGGGCAGAGUUCCUGUCCCUGAACCAGCCCCCCAAGGGGGCCCCGGAGCCCCGCAGCUCGGGCAGGAAGGCCCCGGGCCCCUCAACACAGCCCCCGCCCCCUGGUGAGGGGGCCCGCGAGCGGCGCCAGUCACAGCAGCUGCCUGAGGAGGACUGCAUGCAGCUGAACCCCUCCUUCAAGGGCAUCGCCUUCAACUCCCUGCUGGCCAUUGACAUCUGCAUGUCCAAGCGGCUGGGGGUGUGUGCCGGCCGCGCCGCGUCCUGGGCCAGCGCCCGCUCCAUGGUCAAGCUCAUUGGCAUCACGGGCCACGGCAUCCCCUGGAUCGGGGGUACCAUCCUCUGCCUGGUGAAGAGCAGCACGCUGGCUGGCCAGGAGGUGCUCAUGAACCUGCUCCUGGGGUCAGGCCAGCUGGGACUGAGUGAUAAUAACAGCGCCCAUGCCAUCGACCAGCGCACACAGGCCGUGCUGGACACCUCUCAGAAGAACUGGAAACGGGCACUGGACAAAUACUGGUUCACAAACAUCUGUACCAGCCAGGAGGCCAGCAGCCCAGACGUCCACGGGCAGAUGGACAGGUGCACAAACGAUGCCCUGCUCCUAGACAUCAUGACGGUGGCCGGGGUGCAGAAGCUCAUCAAGAGGCGCGGCCCAUUCGAGACGAGCCCCAGCGUCCUGGACUACCUCACCAUGGACGUGUACGCCUUCCCCGCCGGCCACGCCAGCCGCGCGGCCAUGGUGUCCAAGUUCUUCCUCAGCCACCUGGUGCUGGCGGUACCCCUGCGUGUCCUGCUGGUGCUCUGGGCCUUCUGCGUGGGCCUGUCGCGCGUCAUGAUCGGCCGUCACCACAUCACGGACGUCAUCUCGGGCUUCAUUAUCGGCUACUUCCAGUUCCGCCUGGUGGAGCUGGUCUGGAUGUCGUCCAACACCUGCCAGAUGCUCAUCUCCGCCUGGUGAGCCACCCGCCCAUGGCCCCAGGACACGGGGUGGCCCCGGACAGGUGGCGGGAGCAGCGGGGCCCGCGGGGGAUGGCCGCGAACCGGCAGCCGCAUCUUCCCCAUCCUGCUCGGAGGCCCCCCGGAGGGCCAGAGGGGCGGGAGGGCCGGUGUCGCCCGCUCCUUCACUUGGACCGAUGUCCGCUCCGGGCAGGCCAGGGGGCCCGUGGGACAGUCGUGCUUUGCUUCCGCCGCGGAGCCGGAGGCGAGGACCACAGUGGCAGGAGCGGGGCCCCAUCCCGUCCUCUCCCCUCGCUGUCAUGACUGCUGAGAGCUUGGCUGUCCCGCCGCAGCACGACGCCUGGCAAACACCCCGGCCUGCCGCCCAACACAGGUGCCACUGCCGUUAACGGUCAUCGAUAGCUUAGGGCAGCACUUCCCCAAGGGCACACUGCCGGAUGCCAAUCUGCAAGACGCUUUGGGAAGGAAAAGGGUUUUGUGGUCAAAUAAGCUUGGGAAAUGCCGCAUACUGUGCCCCCAUGCUGAACGUUCGCGCCGUUGUUGUCAUAAAGGUUCUGGCAAGUCCUGUAGAAAUGCUUCCGGUCGAACCUGGUUGAACUCUGUGUUUCCUCAACUUAUUUGACCACAGACCCCUUUUCUUGAGGAACAGCUACUAAGCCCCAAAGAUCCACCGUCUCCUCAAGCAUGUUUUGGGAGAUGCUGCCCAGGAGCCGGAGGGCCUGAGGUGCAGGUGGGCCUCUCCCAGCUCCCGGGGAGGCCUGGUGUCGUGCUGUCUGCAGAGAGCCCACGGCCAUGGGCAUCGGUGCCGCUUUGGCCCCCAGGGGCCGGACUCCGUGUGACCUGAUAGGUCAUUUCCAAGUACCCGUUAUGGAUGCUCAUUUCAUGUGACAAUACAGAUGACGUGCAGCAGA